AUUUUGUAUCGUAUCAAACGCACCCAAAAAUAAGUACUCUCACUACCAUUUUCCGUCGGUGUGUGUAUUCGUGUCCUCCUCUGCGCAUUUAUCUACUCUUCAAAAGCUCACAAACUUCAUCUAUUUUUCCCUUCCAAUUCCAACUUUUUAUCUAUCAAUCAGUCAAUCAAUUAUGAGAACUCGAAGCGCCGAUAAGAAGUCUGCCGUGAAAAAUCAAACCCCUAUCGAGCCGCCUGCCGAACCGAAACGUACUCCUUCUAGGGCUAAGCAAACUAGGGACGUUGCGUCCAAAAGCACACCACCAGCUGAAGAAGCAAAAGCUUCAGAUGCAGAUGAGGCUGUUCAAUCAACACCAGUAGCAAAAACCGCUUCAGGUAGGAAAGCUGCUCGAAGGGCUGUGAGGAAGGUGGUAAAGAAAAGUCCUGCUUCUUCUAAAACUAAUUUGGAUAAAACACCUAGAUCAGAAGAUGCUGGAAUGGCAAUGCUUGAAGAUUCUGUCGAAGAGAAGGAUGCAACAGUCUCAAAGGAUGAUCAUUUCAAAGAGAAAGAUGCAGAAGAAUCAAAGGAAUGUGUUAAGGAGGGAGAUACAGAGGACUCGAAGGAAGAUCAUGUGAAGGAGGAAGAUGUACUGGAAUCAAAGGAAUCUAUCAAGGAGGAAGAGACAGAGGACUCAAACCAAGUUCCUGUCAAGGAGGACCCAAAGGAAGAUCCUGUCAAUGAGAAAGAUCUACAGGACCCAACGGAAGACGCUGCGAAGGAGAAAGAUGGAGAAGACUUAAAGGAAGAUAUUGUCAAGGAGGGAGAUGCAGAGGACUCAAUAGAAAAUGAUAUGAAGGAGAAAGAUGCAGAGGAUUCAAAGGAAGAUCUUGUCACGGGGGAAGCUGCAGAGGACUCAAAGGAACCCGUGAAGGAGAAAGAUGCAGAGGACUCAAAAGAAAAUGCUAUGGAGGAGAAAGAUGCAGAGGAGUCAAAGGAAGAUCUUGUCAUGGGGGAAGCCGCAGAGGACUCAAAGGAAUAUCUUGUGAAGGAUGAAGAUGCAGAGGGUUUAAAGGAAGAUGUUGCGAAGGAGAAAGAUGGCGAGGAGUCGAAGGAAGAUUUUGAUAAGGAAGAAGAUGCAGAGGACUCAAAGGAAAAUCCGGUGGAGAAACACGCAGAAGGCUCAAAGGAAUGUCCUGUCAUGGAGGAAGAUGCAGAGGACUCAAAGGAAGAUCCUGCCACAGAGGAAGAUGCAGAGGACUCAAAGGAAGAUCCUGCCACAGAGGAAGAUGCAGAGGACUCAAAGGAAAAUCCUGUCAUGGGGGAAGAUGCAGAUAAUUCAAAGGAAGAUCCUGUUAAGGAGAAAGAUGCAGAGGACUUAAAUGAUGCAGGACCAACAUCCAUGUAUGAGACAAAUGAGGAAAUUGAAGAAUCUUCAAAUAACUUAGUGGCCACAGCAAAAAAUGUUGGUGAUUCCGUGAUGGAAGAUCAAAAUGAAAAGGAGGAGGAACACGCAGGUGAUGCACAGGAAGAAUCUUCAAAUAACUUAGUGGCCACAACAAAAAAUGAUGGUGAUUCCGUGAUGGAAGAUCAAAAUGAAGAGGAGGAAGAACAGGCAGGUGAUGCACAGGAGGAGCCAGCUCAAAAUACUUUAAUGUAUCUAGAUGAAGUUACCGUUGUCACUGAUGUGAGAUUGCCAGAAGAAAUUGGCCACAGUGAGAGAACUUCUGAAAAUCAGGAACCUACUGUUACAUAUGUCAAAUCUCAGGAGCCUAUUGUUGAGGAUAUGAAAUCUUUAGACAGUCAGGGACUUGUUACAACCGAGCUGAAAUCUCAGGAGAGUGAAGGAUCUAAUAAAGGAAAAGAAGGAUUGGAGUUGAGGGGAGAAAAGGAUGAUGGUUCAACUCCUACAGGGGGUGAUGUAAAUGCACAGUGUGCAGAAAAUAGAAUGGAGGAAGAUACAGAUAGGAAGAUGAAAGGAAAGUAUAUUUCUCUUGACGAAGCUGGUGAAGAUAAAAUAGAGGCUUUUGCUGAUCAAGAAAAUGAUGAAGAAUAUGUGGAAGAUGAUGAACCUGAGCACUGUGAAGAAGCCGAGACGUUGGAAGAUGAGCGUGCUCAAUUGAAUGCUCUUACAAAGGAAAGAAAGAAGAGGAAAGAGCUGGAAGUAUUUGUUGGUGGGUUAGACCGUGAUGCUGUGGAGGAGGAUCUGAAAAGGGCGUUCCAGCAUGUUGGGGAGGUUAUUGAUGUUCGAAUGAACAAAGAGUUGUCAACAAACAAGAACAAGGGAUAUGCCUUUGUGAAGUUUGCAACUAAGGAGCAAGUUAGCCGUGCUUUGGCUGAAAUGAGAAAUCCAGUUAUUCGGGGAAAGCGAUGCGGGACUUCUCCAAGUGAGGACAAUGACACCUUAUUCUUGGGAAACAUUUGCAACACAUGGACAAAGGAAGCCGUGAGACUAAAGCUGAAAGAUUAUGGUGUAGAAGGUGUUGAAAACAUUAAUCUGGUGGCUGAUCCGAAACGUGAAGGUUUGAGUCGUGGCUUUGCGUUUCUCGAGUUCUCUUGUCACACUGAUGCCCUGACGGCGUACAAAAGGCUUCAAAGACCUGAUGUUGUUUUUGGUCACUCUGAGAGGACUGCCAAAAUAGCUUUUGCUGAACCUUUACGUGAUCCAGAUCCAGAGGUAAUGGCUCAAGUGAAGUCUGUAUUUAUUGAUGGACUCCCUCCUUAUUGGGAUGAAGAUCGCGUCCGUGAAAAAUUUAAAUGUUUUGGGGAGAUUGCGAGAAUAACGCUAGCCAGGAAUAUAUCAACAGCAAAGCGGAAGGAUUUUGGAUUUGUUGAUUUCGGGUUACAUGAAGCUGCUGUUGCUUGCGUUGAGGGCGUUAAUAACACAGAGCUUGGUGAUGGGAAUUUGAAGGCAAAAGUGCGAGCCAGGCUUUCAAAUCCUCAACCAAAAACUCAGGCUGUGAAAGGUGGAAUGUCUGGAGGGUUCCGGAUUAGCCGUGGUCCCAUGGGAAGGGGCUUUCUGCGAGGACAUAGUUUUGGUAGAGCUAUUUUUCCGCGUGGUAGGGGAUUUCACCCUCGUAGACCUGGUCAUGUCGGUAGAAUGGGCUUCACUGAGCAUGAGUUUGGGAGCCCUUAUCCUCCUUUCCGUGGAAGGUCAAACGCUGGACGAGGUGGGAGGUGGAAUUUCAGUGGCGCUCAUCCAGUAUCUAGUGAGGGUCCAAUGUUUGUUGAUAGAAUGAGGCAUCAAGACAGAGGCCAUGCUGAUGAUGCCUUCUUUAGGAGACAACAAUUUCCUAUUGAAGGACUUAACAGGCCAUUCAUGGAUAGGCGAUUUGAGGACCGUUACCAUUAUGAUAACACUAACCAUGGAUUAAAGAGGCCCUUUUCUAUGACAGACCCGAAUCCGGAUUAUUUGGGGCCUAGCAGACGUCCUCGGUUUGAUCAUUCAGAUUCUGCAAGUUCUCUUCAAGGAGAUCGUUAUAGAGAUAAUUUUCCUCCCGGUGGCGAUCUCUACACACGUGAUUAUUAUGGCGCUGACUAUGGGAGAGGCCAAUAUCCAUCUUUCUAUGGAGGUGGUCGUCCAUAUGGUCGUGGUUAUGGUCGUGGUCAUUAUUAGUCUUGAUGAGCAUUUGAUGUCUUCAGAUGGUAGAAUGUUCUUCUUGACAAUGGAAUGGGAUUUUUCUGGUGCAGCACAAAAAGGAAAGAGAAUCAGGCCUUUAACUUCUUUCCCUGUCAUUUAAUGUUCAUCUCUCUUCUUUUUUCCUCCGCUGUAAUGUCUUGCUUUUGGCUGUCUCCAUGUUUCUUAGUUUAGAUUGUGCCUCUUUUGGGGGCAUCAAUCCGGAUAUGGCAUUAUGCCUGUUAGAUGAAGCUUAACUAGUAACGAGCUCCUUCUGCUCUAGAUAGAAGCAGUGUUAUGGGGUAGUGGAUAUGACUAUUAAGAUAAGGCAACUUUCCUACAAGCAUUCAUUUUUGCUGGAAUAGUUAUAUGUGUUGAGACCUUCAUUGUGACAGAUUCAUAUAUGGGUGUCUUACUGUA